AUGGUCGCCAUCCUCGCCCCAGUUUUCCUGAUCGCCACGGUAGCUCUAGCAACCGUAGUCGCCAUGGUCGCCCUGCGCGCCCAUCGCAAGAGCGUACUGUAA